AAUAGAAAAAUAAAUUAAUUAUUAUAACUUUUUUGCAACAAAAACAAAAAUUUUGCUCUGAUAAUGUUAUGUUGAUUAACACGUUUCCCUUGGAGUAUUGGAAAAUAAAUAAUAAUAACAAUUUGAAAUAAUAAAUUGUUAAAAAGGAACUCAUAAAUCUUGAAAAUAUUAAAAAUUAAUAAUCUUCAAUAACAAUAACAAAAGAAAUCUAACUAAUUAUUAUCAAAAACUAGUAGCUGAGAGGUUUUAAUUAAAACAAAAUAAUUUACAAGUCUGUUGAUUAUAUUUCCAAUUGAUAAGCUUCCAUAAAGAUUGAAGAAAUUUGCAAUAAAAUUUCCAAAAUAUUUAGACUGAUUUUGGUCAUUCAAACAAAAUUAGUUAGUUGCUGACUCUUGACUGCAGUGGACUCUUCCUUUUAGCGGGCUAUAAGCAGGAGCUAUCAUGAUUUCCUUGAAAUUUCUAUUGGCUUCUUUGGCUGUGGUUAGUAUUUGGUCUACUUUGCCUACUGCCACCCAAUGUGAUACUUCCUAUUAUGAGAAAUAUUAUUCGGCCCGCAAAUUUAUACCUUUAAAGAAAAGCUCUCUGCUAAAGGUCAACUUUACGGUGAGUUUAGGCGAUGAAAAGUUGGAGGAAUUUGAAAAAAUCGCCUUGGUAGGUGAUGCUCAAUUAUUGGGAUCAUGGAAGGCUAAUGGUGCUGUGAUCAUGAAUAAAACUCAAGAAUAUGGCAAAUGGGAAGCAUCUGUCUGGUUAAAUGCCAAUUCCUCACUAAAUUAUCGUUAUUUUGUAGCGGCUCAGGAUAAACGUUCCGGCUCUAUACAAGUGAGACGCUGGGAAUCGGCUUUACAAAGUCGUCAACUUAAUUUAUCCUCUGUUGCUGUUACACGUUCCGAUAUCUUUGGUAUUACAGCUGCAGGAUCCGAAAAGGAAUUACAACGUGGUUGGCUUAAUUCGGGACAUAUAGUUCAGUUUAAACUCUUCCGCAAUCCUUUACAAUUGAAUGACUCUUCGGCCAGUGCUCAGCAACGUUUGCGCAUUAAGCUCACCCCUGUAGAUCCUCAAUGGCGUACGGCUAUUGUUCCCUCGGCUCGUGCCUACAGUGAAUACGUGCGCAUGGAAUAUGGCAACAGUUAUCUUAGAUCACAACCCCCACAUGGUGUUCUCUAUAAAGAUAAGGACAUUAUUAUGUUCCAUACAACUGUAAGUGAUUUACAAGAUGUGGCCUAUCUUUUGGAAAUCUAUGUAGAAGAUACUCAAACCGAUGUGGCUCGAGUGAUUGGUUAUCAAUAUAUCUAUCCCGAUUCUAUUAAAUCUACAGAUGGUGAAAUUUUGGUUACACUGCUUUCACCUACCUGGCUGAAUACCGUGGGUACUUUGAAACUUCAAUAUGUGGUCAUCAAUCCCUUACCCGAUUCCGUUGUAAACUUUAGAACUUCCUUUACCGAAUACUGGCGUGCUAAUUGGACUGCUCUUGAGGCUGGUCAUAGAGGAUUGGGUAAAUCGCUCAAAGAAACUACUAAUGCUGCUCCUAUAUUGGAAAAUACGGUGGCUUCUAUGUUGGCGGCUGCUGAAUUGGGUACUGACUUAGUGGAAUUUGAUGUGCAGUUAACUAAAGAUCUAGUGCCUAUUAUAUAUCACGAUUUUGCCAUUCUCGUGUGCAUGGAAUCAAAAACUCCCACCAGCAAAGAUGAUCUAACGCAAGUGAUGAUUAAGGACAUAACCUAUGAACAGCUUAAAGAUUUAACCACUUAUCAAGUGGUGGGUUCAAAAAUAGUCGAAUAUCCUUCACACAACUCUUUGGUUAAUGAGACUCAUCGUAUUUUCCCCACCUUUGAAGAUUUUCUCACCAAGGUCAAUAAGUCUGUGGGUUUUGAUAUCGAAAUUAAAUGGCCUCAACUCAAGAGUUCGGGUGCUUGGGAGAGUAUACAAACCAUUGAUAAAAAUCUUUAUAUUGAUCGCAUUUUAGAUGUAAUGCUUAAACAUGGUUGUGGCCGUCUUUCCUUUUUCACCAGUUUUGAUGCUGAUAUUUGUUCCAUGAUACGUUACAAACAAAAUAUGUAUCCCGUCAUGUUUCUUUCCUCCAGCAAGGAAGCCAACUUUGUAGAUCCUCGUUCUGAUACUAUUUACGAUUCUGUUAAUACAGCUCAAGCUUUCGAUUUCGCCGGCAUAGUGCCCAAUGCUGUGUUCGUAAAGAAAAAUCCUCAAUGGGUGGAUGUAGCUUUGAAACAAAAUAAAAAAAUCUUCUUAUGGGGUGGUGAUCUUAAGGAUCGUGAAUCAAUUGACUGGUUUAUUGCUCAAAAUCCCACCGGUGUUAUUUACGAUCGUAUGGAUUUGUAUUUGCCGACCAAUAGAACGAGUGCUUUUGAGUCGGAACAAGAUUUACCCGAUUUCUUUAAGUUGCAAUGUUCGCCCAAAGGUAACGGUUCAGGUGAAAAUGCCACCAUUACAAAUAUUUUAAGUAAUGUUAAUAUGUUGUGAAGUUAGUAAAAUAUUAUUUACGAAUUUUUAAUAUUUAUAUACGAAAUUAUUAUUUGUU